UUGUGAUUUGACAGUUCGAUUGACAACAAAAAUAUAAAAUGACUGUAACAUCAGUUCAGCAACAAAAAAUAAAAUUAUAAAUUAGAUUUCAACCAAAACGUAGAAUCUUUUCCGAGUUUUUCGUAGAUAUUAUGAAUACAUUCUGUUUUCACAACAACUCUCCACUUCGAACAUUUUUAUUUUGUUUCCCUUCAACAUUAUCUAUAAAUCUUAUGAAUACGCACCACCCACAUUACACAUAAAUUCAGACACUAAACUACCGACUCUACAGUUAAAUUGAACCUUUUCCUUAAAUUAUUAUUAUACAAACACACAAUACAAUGGCUAGUAAAGUGUAUGGGAAAGGUAAAAUACCAGCCGAAAAUGAGGAACAGCAACGAUUACGAUUCCAAGUCGAAUUGGAGUUUGUGCAGUGUCUGGCAAAUCCGAAUUACCUUCACUUCAUCGCUCAGCGCGGCUUCUUCAAAGACUCGGCCUUCAUCAACUAUUUGAAAUAUUUACUGUACUGGAAGGAGCCGGAAUACGCCCGUUAUCUAAAAUAUCCGAUGUGUUUGUAUUUCUUGGAUUUGCUGCAGUACGAACACUUCCGGCGCGAGAUAGUCAAUUCACAGUGCUGUAAAUUCAUCGAUGAUCAAGCGAUAUUACUGUGGCAACACUACACACGGCGACGAACGAAAUUGUUCUCCAUUCACAAUGGGGUCAUUCAGAUGGAACGGGAAACGACAAGCUCCAAUCAAAAUGGCACCAAUGGCAUCGGCGGCAGUCAAAAGGUCACUUGAACGAAUUUCAAUGGAAAUGCAGGGUUGGACCAAAGUCUUUUUUUGACUGAAAUUUAUUGAAUAAAAAUCGGAAAUUUCUUAUAACAAA